GGCGAUAUCAGCAGUGAAAAACGAAAAUUAUUCCAUUCGUGGAGCUGCUAAAAUGUUUCGCAUACCAUUCGGAACACUAUUCAACAAGAUAAAUGGACUACACUGUCGGAAGAACGGAGGACAGACCAUACUUAGUCAGGCAGAAGAUAAUGACUUAUCUGCAAUUAUCCAAUUUGCUGGUGAAUACAAUGUUUGUCAACAAUCUUCCCGGUAAUGAUUGAAUUUCCGGAUUCAUGAAACGCAUGAAGACAACGCUCUCAUCUCGGGUGACACAAAACAUCAAGAGAAACCGCGCCAAGGUUAGCCCAACUGACGUUAGCGCAUAUUUCGACAAUCUUGUAAAGACAGUCAACAACAUUCCGGCAGGAAAUAUCAUUAAUUAUGGUGCGACCAACUUUACCGAUGACCCAGAAUCGACAAAAGUGAGUGUUAAGAAAGGCCAGAAGCAUGUGGACCGCACUAUAGAUCAUUCGAAGGUCGCUUAUUCUGUGAUGUUUGCCGGAGCUGCUGACGGGAAGAUGCUGCCACCUUACAUUGUACAUGCUGCAGUGCAUCUCUAUCCUAUCUGGAGAGAGGGUGGAUCGAAGGGAUCUCGAUACAAUCACACCAAAUCAGGACAACAUUUGAGGACUGGUUUGCCUCAGUCGCAUUUACAUACUGCAACGGUUUGCAGAAUGACUAUCCGAAGGAAGCGAGUGGUAGAUAUACAACCAGGAGAGAGUGUCACGGCAGAGCAUGCAGCGCAAAUUUUGAUUAGACAGGAAAAACUGGAUUCAGAUGAUCAACUUGGAACCUCAAAAGGAGAAAGCGACAGCGACAAAAAAAAGGAAGCAAAAGCUAAGUGCUCAAAUGAUGUAUUGAAAAGUGCUGGCAAUUCGAGAAAAAAAGAUCUGCGUUGA